AUGCACCCACGGGGACACAUCGCAGUUACAGAAUUCUCCUUAUCCCUUGUUCCCUGCCUGCCUCCCCACCAGGCCGUGGAGAUCAUUUGGGACGACGAGGUGCUGGGCAGCAGCGGAGGGGACCCAAGUGUACUGCUCACGGCAGCAAACAUUGCUCCCUCCCUUCCUUCUCCCUUUCCUUCCCACCAGGCAGUGGAGAUCAUUCGGGACGACGAGGUGCUGGGCAGCAGCGGAGGGGACCCAAGUGUACUUCUCACGGCAGCAAACAUUGCUCCCUCCCUUCCUUCUCCCUUUCCUUCCCACCAGGCAGUGGAGAUCAUUCGGGACGACGAGGUGCUGGGCAGCAGCGGAGGGGACCCAAGUGUACUUCUCACGGCAGCAAACACUGCUCCCUCCCUUCCUUCUCCCUUUCCUUCCCACCAGGCAGUGGAGAUCAUUCGGGACGACGAGGUGCUGGGCAGCAGCGGAGAGGACCCAAGUGUACUGCUCACGGCAGCAAACACUGCUCCCUCCCUUCCUUCUCCCUUUCCUUCCCACCAGGCAGUGGAGAUCAUUCGGGACGACGAGGUGCUGGGCAGCAGCGGAGAGGACCCAAGUGUACUGCUCACGGCAGCAAACACUGCUCCCUCCCUUCCUUCUCCCUUUCCUUCCCACCAGGCAGUGGAGAUCAUUCGGGACGACGAGGUGCUGGGCAGCAGCGGAGGGGACCCAAGUUUACUGCUCACGGCAGCAAACACUGCUCCCUCCCUUCCUUCUCCCUUUCCUUCCCACCAGGCAGUGGAGAUCAUUCGGGACGACGAGGUGCUGGGCAGCAGCGGAGGGGACCCAAGUUUACUGCUCACGGCAGCAAACACUGCUCCCUCCCUUCCUUCUCCCUUUCCUUCCCACCAGGCAGUGGAGAUCAUUCGGGACGACGAGGUGCUGGGCAGCAGCGGAGGGUACCCAAGUGUACUUCUCACGGCAGCAAACAUUGCUCCCUCCCUUCCUUCUCCCUUUCCUUCCCACCAGGCAGUGGAGAUCAUUCGGGACGACGAGGUGCUGGGCAGCAGCGGAGGGGACCCAAGUUUACUGCUCACGGCAGCAAACACUGCUCCCUCCCUUCCUUCUCCCUUUCCUUCCCACCAGGCAGUGGAGAUCAUUCGGGACGACGAGGUGCUGGGCAGCAGCAGAGGGAGCCGCGGCUUGAGAUGCACCCAAGGGGAACCCAAGUGCACGGAUAGCUGA